AAUAUCAAACAAUUCACAUUGAUUUGACUAAUCGUUCAGAGCACACAUCAACUGGACAGUGCAGCGGUGGUGUCUUGGUUUUGUUUUUCCAGUUAGUUAGUUAGUUGGUUUGAGAUGCGCUCGUUCGUGGUUUUGAUCCUUUCGGCAGCCGUCAUGGGGAUGGCUGCCGCCCAGCAGACCCGAUCAGCGGCCGAUGUUGCCGUUGAAAUCUACAAGACCUGCUUGGCCGAUGUAAACAUGAAGUGUGUCAAAUCGAAGGCGCUUUCCUGGUUGACCACGGUAGCCGAACAGGACGAGAUUAAAAUUACCAACGCCUUGACCAUUAUUCGAACUGGAACUGAUGAUGAGGAAGCUCCGGAGGUCAAAGAUCAGCAACGAAGCAACAAGGUUGUUCACCUGCUGAACAAGAUCGAUGGCUUCCUCUCGACCCACGCUCUGAAGAUGGGAGUUCCGGAGGUCCUGCAAUCCGAGGAAGCCCGUGCUUACAUCCCCGACUCCCUAAUGAGGGGAGGUCUCGCCGAAGAAUUGGUGGUUCCACUGGCAGAAGGAAAUGUUGCUGAAGGCCGUGGCUUUGUGAAGAAAGUCAUGAUUCCCUUCCUGCUCGGAAUCAAGUUCAAAACGACCGUUCUGGUUCCAUUGGCUUUGGCUCUGAUCGCACUGAAGACCUGGAAGGCCAUGACCCUGGGUCUGCUGUCGAUGGUCCUGUCCGCCGCGAUGGUCAUCUUCAAGUUCGCCAAGCCAAAGAUCGUCAACUACGAGGUGGUCCACUAUCCACCACCGCACAGCCACCACGUGGACCACCACAUCGAUCAUCACCACAUUUCGCACCCACACGUUCACUGGGAAGCUCCGGCUGCCUGGAAGAAACGAUCACUCGAUGCCGCCCAGGAGCAGGCCUACGCUGCUCAUCUGUAGGAUGAGAUGAUCCGUUGGAAGAACUUUGUGUGUGUGCAUGAGUCAGAAGACGAAUCCAAAGCUGUAAAUUAUUUAUUUAUGAACGAGCGUUGAACCGGACGAAUAAAUUAUUUAUUUUUGUACGAAA